AUGGCACCUACCACGACUAAGACUGCCACCCCCAAGGCGGCCACAACUGGCGCGGGUGUCAAGAAGGCCGGACGACCGAAAGGUACUGGCAAGAACACAAAGGCCAAGACUGCUAUGAUCAAGAUGCAAGCCUACUUCAAGGAGAAUCGCUCAAAGUUCAAGCACCUCGGCUUCAAGGACCAGCAGAAGGAGCUGGGCAAAGAGUGGAAGACAUCGUCCGAGAAUCCCAAGAACCAGGCCUAA